AUGUGCACCUCUGAGCCGGCUGAGCGGCCAGCACACGCCGCCAAAGGCUCUUCCACCGCCGACACGUUUCUAGCGCUCGUCCUUUUGUUUUCCACAUCAGAGUCCGACUGCGCGCUGUCCUCCAUGGGGUCAAUCCAGAGCCCGAAGGUCGUAGGAAAAGCAAAAGAAAAAGCUGCCGUGUUUAUUGAUAUUUACAGCAAGGAGUCAAACAUGUCCGUGGAUUGGGUUGGAUAUGGAUACGCAGCUCUGGUUGCUGCUGGGGGUAUUGUUGGCUAUGUGAAAGCAGGCAGUGUCCCGUCUCUUGGCGCUGGGCUGGUCUUUGGAGGACUUGCUGGUUUCGGGGCCUAUCAGACCUCCAAUGAUCCCAAUAAUAUCUGGGUGUCUCUUGCUACUGCUGGAGCUCUAUCCGGUGUCAUGGGGAAGAGAUUUUAUGGAUCUAGAAAAUUGUUUCCCGCUGGCGUCAUGGCUGGAGCAAGUCUUCUGAUGGUUGGAAAACUUGGCCUAACAUUGCUCCAGAAACCCAACAAGCCUUUAUAG